AUGGCCCAGAUCAAACUCGAUGCUACUGCUGAUUCUUACAACUUGUUUGCCGUUCCUGAACCGCUCAAGAAGCGGUUUGAGGCGUACAAAGGGAAAAGAUCGGCGGUGGAUGCCUUUGAUGAUGAAGAAAAUGAAGCAAAACCAACCAAGUCGACAACAAUUGCUCCACUCCGCGUCAAAAAAAAGACAACCACAUCGGCCAAAUCUUUCUUUGCCAACAAAACCACUACCAAAACCACCAGUACUACUACAACCAGCAAAGCAGGUUCGAAAGGAAAAACAAGUCAACCCUCAAAGGCAAAGCAGUCUUCUUCGUCCUUUUUUAAGCCCAAGAAUGGUGGAGCCAGUCAACCAGGAACCACUCUGUCCGCUAAGGGAAAGGUUCACAAUAAGAAGGGCAGCGCUGACGAGGAGAAAGAAAACGUUCGAAACAAAGCGUCCAAGGUCGGUAAUGCAGACGAUUUCGUGGGGGAUGCUGAUGCGAUGACGACGACGAGAAUGGAGAGCGACGACAUGCUUUCUCGGAUGAUGACGACGAGGAGGUCGAAGAGAGCAAACCGGCGGCAGCAAAUGAUGGGGCAACCAAAGAAGAUGUAG